AGCUGCUUUUUCUCCCAUGAUGGAAAAUUAGAGUACAGAUCCCCUUCUCUUUGCAGCUCUUCUGCUCCAGAUGAGAACCUCCAAAGCUGGCAUACAAAGGCGGGGGGAAUGUUAAGUGCAGCUGUAUGUGAUCCUUCUAGGGCCCCUUGAAAGGCAUAUCAGAAGAGGAGCAGCCAAGAUGCGCACCAUGUGCACACAGCCCCAUUACUGCUCCCUUAGCAGAGCACAGGAAUGGAAGCAGGAAAUUUUUAGGCAUUCUGACUCAGCCAGGAACCAUUGUUUCCCAGUUUGAACAAAAUAAGAUACUAUGGCUGAUGAGGCUCCCUGAUCAUGGCUCAUGUGAGGGGAGGGGAGAAGGGGCUGCAUGCACAGGGAAGGCCUCUUGCCAGAUCAUCUGAACUUAGCCUGUGAACUCCUUGGCUUGUCCAAAGCCACCAGUGAGUUUGUAGAGGUGAAAAGGUUUGAACCGAGGAUUUUCUGUCCGGCACUCCUGCAGAACCAACCUAUACAGCUUUGCUCAGAGGUGCGUCUGCUAUGUUCAAAGGGCUUACUCCCGGACGAGUGUGCAUAGGGUUGCCACUGAAGCCACUGUACCUGCUCUCACCUAGAAGUCUCUGUGGGCUGCAUUGCAGCAGGGAAACAUGAUGCCCUGGCAGCAAUUAUAUAACUAGUUUAAUUCCUUGACAUCUGCUUGUGGCUGUUUCAGGUUAGCUCCCAAGGCUUACCUCAGAAGCCAGUGUUGCAUCUUGGAAUGCAUGAAGCUUGUUAACUGAGCAUGUGCAGAGUGCUUUUCAGUUGCAACACCCAGUUCUUCUUCAUGGUCUCUGUACAUCACACAUAAUGGGUACUGUGCCUGCAUAGUGCCUGUUGCUGGCCAGAAUACCGAAGCGGCAACGGUUUUUGGUGGGAACUCUGCACCCUUCCCCCUUGGUGCUAUAUAAGGGGGAGCACCCGCCAUUUUCCUCAGUCUUCUUUCGACUGCCGAUCACAUUGCCUCGAGCCAUUACCUUGUCUUCUCGUAUCUGGUAAUUCUUAAUCAUUUUCCCCUAGUUGAAUCCAAGUUAUUUCUCCUUGUUUCCUGAUUACUUCUUUCCUUCUUACUGUUCUAUUAAAAAACAAACAAACAUAUAGUUAGUAUUUUCUUCUUUUUCUUCUCCUUAUCUUUGCUAUUCCCUUCGGCAAUGGCUCAGUGUGUGGCUUUUCGAAAGUGUUCAAAAUGUGGGGCUAAAAUGUCCCCAGCUGACCCACACGAGCUCUGCCUCCUUUGUCUAGGAGAAGGGCAUCGCACAGAUAAGUGCAGGCGUUGUCUAGCCUUUACCAAACAGGCCAGAAGAAAUCGAGAGAAUAGGCUGAGGAAGAUCCUUUGGGAUCAGGCCUUGCUAGCUUCUGACGAGCUCGCCGCUCAGCCUAUGUCGGCCGGGCCUUCUAUGGUAACCUCCCCUCGACCAUCCAAGGGAGCUGCUUCCAAGGAGAUCUCUCGCUCCUCCCAUUCCUUGCGCAAACAAAAGGAAAAGCGGAAGCAUUCUGACCACGGGGAUCCAUUGGUCCUGAAGAAGGCUGAAAAGGAUAAGUUGGGCAAGGCUGCUAAGAAACGCAGGCCCACUCCGGAACCACGAAGGGAUUCGGAUUCAACCGUUUUGUCGGUCCCGACAGCACCAUUGGUCCCGACAGCUUCGGCACCGACACCGAGGGAGAUGAUGCAAGUCACACCUCCAGGAUCCUCACAGAGAGUUGAGCCGGUGGACCUGAUUAUGCUACAUCCACCCGAACCAAUCGUUCAUGGGUCGAUGUCGGAGGGGGAGAUUCGUGACUCUCCCCCAAGGUCCUUGCCGUGCCAUCAACCAGCCCGUUUGCCGACUCCAGUGCCAUCCUCCCCGGAGGCUUCCAGGAGGACUAUGGCAGUCGAGCCUGUCCAGCAGUGCCGCUCAUUGGGACAGUCCACUAGAGCAUGGAUACCGAUGCUGUAUGAAGGACCGGAGGCAUCUCAACCUCAAUACUGGGGACCACCUCCAUUCGGUUACUACAUGCCUAGGGAUGACAGCCAUCAAUCCCAUCAAUCCAGGAUGGAAGCUCCAUCUACUUCGGCCCCAACAACCUCCCGCCAUCCUUCUCCUCUGGCUCAUUCAUCUUCCAGCCCACCUUACCCAUAUGAUUCGGUAUCGGAGGACUCGGAUGACUGCUCUACAUCCCCUGCAGCAGUCAUCUCCACCCAGGGACCUGGGUUGCCCGAAGAGUCCUAAGCCACCUUUGGUGAGCUUAUGGGCUGACUGACAAGAGCCUUGGAGAUCGAGGUUGAGCAUCAGCCCAAUACAAAUAAGGACAACUUCUAUGAUAUUGCAAAGAACAG